AAGAUGGAAGAGAAGAGUCUGGUUCUCGAGGGUCUACCGGAGGAUUUCCACCGAAUCAAAGCAAAGAUCGAGCUUUACUUCAGAAAUAAAAGAAGGUCUGGAGGAGAGAUCUCUGAGAUUCGAGAACAUCCAGACGACAAACGAAAAGCGCUUCUGCUUUAUAUAAAAGAAGAGGAUCUGAAGAAGGUGCUUGAAAAAAGGAUCCAUAAAGUUGACCUCAAACUUCACGGAUCUGUUGAAUUGACAGUGAAACUCACAGAAGACACCAAAAUCAAGAAGAUCAAGCCACAAGUCCUUCCCAAACCGGAGACAUGCCUUGUCCUCAAGUCGCUGGCCGCUCCUGCCCCAAAGGUCUCUCUUGUCAGACAGCCUACAGCAGCAGGUCAAAAGGUUGGACUGUAA